UGAGAGAUUCUUUUUCUUGCAGUCUUUUUCCUGGUCCGCUGAAAACCCUAAAGCUUUCGAGCCAUUUUUGCCCUAAUUUACAGUCUCCUUUUCUCCUCGAAGUUUUCAAUCGUAACCCUAAUUUAUGUUAUAGCGCCUGCUUCUGCAUGCAUUGCGGGGUUCCAUGGAUCUGGUCGCAAUGCUGGUUGUGAUUCAUGAUGGUCGGGCUUGGUUCAGUUUCUAGCGUUUCUGCUCAAGUUCAGUGAAAGAGUUUGAAAAGAAAUUAGGGUGUUUGAUAUGCCAAUGGAGAAACUCUCUCUACCAUAAAAAAAAGAAAAGAAAAGAAAUGGAGAAAUGCUGGUUUAAGCUCUGCAUCUGAACUUGUGGAUAUCAGACUUAUUCUUAAUAUUGAGUGAAAUUUUGUAAGUUUUUUUCAGGCAUUAAAUGGUAAGGAGGGAUGCAUCUUAAGAUUUUGGUGUGAAGGUGGGUGUGAAGGAGAAGAAUUCGAUUUCCAUCAGAGAAACAGGCUUACCUUCUGAAGUGGACAAAUGCACAUAUUUCAGGGCUUACAAGAAGCCCCCAAGCUAAGAAAGUGCAAGUGCUGGAAAAUCCUAAGCGUUGUUAUUCAUCAGGGAAACGCCCUUAUCAUUCUCCAUCUUUAAGGUCAUUGUGCUUUAGAUUCCAAAAUAAAAAACGAGGAAAGUUUAAGUGUUUUACACAGUGAAGGAGAAUUUUCCCAGUCAACACUUUCCUGUAAAGUUUACGCUUAGUCAUUACAAUGGAGAAGGAUAAAUCGCCUUCUCCAAGUGGGCUUCCUCCUCCCCCCUCAGGUCGCUAUGCCGCCUUCCCAUCACCAACCAAUGCCUUCACUGUAAAACGUGAGUCCUCACCUGCUCCCGCUCCUUCUCCUGCCUCUCAAAUUUCCCCAUCGCUUUCUCCUUCAAGAUCUGAUACCCAAAUGCCCGAUUCCACUGGUUUCAGUCAUGACAUUAACCGAAUGUCCGAAUUCCCGCCCAGGGCUCGUGGGCAUCGACGAGCGCAUUCUGAAAUUGCAGUUAGGCUGCCUGAUGAUAUUGUCUUCGAUCGAGCAUUGGGUCCUGAUUGCCCUGCUUUGUCUGAUGAAACUGACGAGGAUUUCUUUUCAAUGUAUAUUGAUAUGGAGAAGUUUGGGGCAGCUGAGUUAACUGGGGGGCCUAUUCAAGGGGAGGCCGAGAGCUCAGAGAGAAUGAGACCGAGGCAUCAGCAUAGCCAAUCGAUGGAUGGGUCGACGACGAGCUCGAUCAAGCCGGAGGCCUUGGUGGGUUCAGAGGGGCCUUCGCUUGCAGAAACCAAGAAGGCCAUGUCAGCUGCCAAGCUUGCCGAUCUUGCUCUUCUUGACCCUAAGCGUGCAAAGAGAAUCUGGGCAAAUAGACAAUCAGCUGCAAGAUCAAAGGAGAGGAAGAUGCGGUACAUAGCAGAGCUAGAACGGAAGGUCCAGACGUUGCAAACAGAAGCGACCACUCUGUCUGCUCAGUUGACUAUGUUACAGAGAGAUACAAAUGGUCUGACGGCGGAAAACAGUGAGCUGAAACUACGAUUGCAAACCAUGGAGCAGCAGGUGCACCUUCAAGAUGCUUUGAACGAUGCCCUAAGAGAGGAGGUGCAGCGUCUAAAGUUGGCAACAGGGCAGGCAAUGUCAAAUGGUGCACCACUGAUGAACUUUGGCUCUUCUUUUGGGGGAAACCAACAGUUUUAUCCCCAUAACCAGUCUGUACACACUAUGUUAGCUGCUCACCAGUUCCAACAACUCCACAUCCAUUCACAACAUCAACAUCAACAGCAACAGCAACAGCAGCCACAACAGCAUCAACAACAACAAACUGUGGACCUGAGAAGCAAAGGAGCCAUCUCUUCUCAAAACCAAAGAGAAAAUAUCUCAGAGUUCAACACUGGGUCCAAGGAAUGAUAUCUGAGAGAAAUGGAGGUUAGGCCAGUUACUCAACCAGCAUUUUAGGAAAGUGUUCCCUGUUCUUACUAAUUGCCUGACGGAAAAGUUUUGCUAUGAUUCAGUGGACUUUGGAACCUUUGUGGUUUUCCCGUCCACCGGAUUAUAGUAUAUUUGCUAUAUAUUUUGACCUAUUGUUCUUUUAAUGAUUGGUAGCCAAUGGUUUUCGGACUUCAUGCCAAAAACUUUGCUUAUCUGCACCGAUGUAGAUCUUGUAUGAGAUGCAUUCGGACGCGCAUUCUAAGGAUGGUAAAUGGAUUACCAGUCGAGUCAUGUAUCUAUACCUCAAAAUUGGCAGAAAUGCAGUGAUGUAGUUGGUCCUAAGUAGACUUCAUUUGUUGGAAACUUCACUAAUGUAUGUUGCAUAUUGAAUUGUACCCUAGUGUUGUAGUUGUGCUAAGUAGACAUCAUUUGUGGGAGACUUCACUUAUGUAUGUUACAUAUUGUAAUUGUUCCCUUAAUGUUGAAAUCCAUGGUCUUCAAGUGUGACUUUGUAUUUCCUUUAGUGAUAUAUAUUUAUUGGGUAUGGUUUCCUUAA